GGGAAAGUGACAUUGGAUGAGACGAGCGACGGGCGCGACGAAGGGGAUUGCAUAAGGGGGGAAGGGCGGGAUUACUGCGUCAACAAAGGUGACGUCAACGGCGAGAAGGGAAGGCGACAUUGAUCGCGACGAGCGACGGACGAGACGUAGGGGAUCGUAUGAACAGCGGGAGGGGGAAAGAGACAUUGGACGAGACGAGCGACGGGCAUGACGAAGGGGAUUGCAUAAGGGGGGAAGGGCAGGACUACGGAGAUUGCGGCGACGAAGGUGGCGUCAACGGUGCGAAGGGAAAGCGACAUUGUUCGCGACGAGCGACGGACGGGACGUGGGGGAUUGCACGAGCGGGGAAGGGGGAGCUACGGGAGGGGACUAGUGCAGCACCAACGGUUAAACCGGACAUCUACCCUCCAUAUGAUAGUAGAUGGAGGCAAAUGGGUGCAAAGCGGAUGGUGGAUAGGGAUGUGGGCUUUCUUACCAAGCCCAUGAUAGAUGAUGCCUCGAUGUUGGAUGACAGGCAGAGAUUACAGACCAUGGCAAAGCUAAACAAAGUGGGCCAAGCAGCGGAGCAGGCUUUCCUGGAAAACAGGAGAGCAAGAGAGGAAGCACAGAGGUCAGAAGAGAAGGGAAGUAAAGAUGAAGAGGGGGGCGAUAGUGUCAAGGGAAGUAAGACCGGGUCAAGGAGUAAGGGAAUGACGGAGCAAGAGUUUGUGGAGGAUGGAGGAGACAGGGUCACUGGAAACAUCAACGCAGCAGCCAAGUUGUAUGCAAGACAAAACCCAAGCAAGAGAAUCAUUCUGCCUUACAGAUGGAACAGCGGCAAUGCCGAUUGGGAGGUAGCCAUCCACAUGUCUCUGGCACUGAUCACAGUGAAGGACAGUCACUGCGAGCAUGUCAUAUUGAAGGAACUUAUCACAAAAGAUCUGCCCGAGCAGGCACACGUCAUUGGGGAUCUCAACCAGGAUAGGGAAGAAUGGGAAGACACGGAGGGUACAAGGCACAUGUUGGAUUACAGACCAGUCAUGAUCAAGUUACAGGAAAGGGCAGUGUUGGCAGAGGGUUUCACCUGCAUGCCAUGGCAGGUGGUGGAGACGAUCCCAUAUGGUCUGCUGGGAGGGUUGGAGGCGUCAGAGUGGGUGGCAAGAGGAGCGGCCAUAGUGACCAAAAGCAACGUGUUUGCAUGGCAGCCGGAAUACAUUGACGAAAAGAUGGACAUUAUGGCUACAACAGUAGAGUGGACAGGGCAGGAUCUUGAGUAGUGAGUUCGAAAAUAGUCAAAAAGACAACAUAGAUCACGGAGGUGGGACUGAGGGAGGGAGUGUACAAACGUAGAAGGACAGUGGAAACUUCUAAGAAUAGGGAACCGAACUUUAGGGUUAUGUCUUGGAACAUUAAUGGGAUGGUACAAAUCUUAGAAAAUAAGGACAAGUGGGAUAAUGUAAUGAGGUACUCAAAUUGGUUUGGGAAGACACCCCCAAAUUUAUUAUGUUUGCAGGAAACUCGCCUUACGGAUUCCUUAGAGCAUCAGAAUAUUCAGCAGCGUAUAGUAAAACACUUAAGGUGGG